AGGCAAGGUACCUAUCUACGUAGAAAUUUCGAAAUCUUCACGCCAUUUUUCCCGCCUCCAGCUUCUCGCUCUCUCUCGCAUACCGCCUCGGAUUGCGCGACGGGUCGGAUCGAAGCCGCAACCAUGGACAUCCAUCGCUGCCGCUUCGUGCCGUAUCCCCCUUCUGCCAUCAAUUCCGUCGCCUUUUCCUACCCGACCGUGUCCAAGUCCCAGAAGGGCGCCCCCGUCCGAUUAGCGAUCGGCCGAGCGAACGGCGACAUCGAGAUAUGGAAUCCCCUCCACGGCAGAUGGCUCCAGGAGGUCGUCAUGCAGGGCGGGAAGGAUCGGAGCAUCGACGGCCUCGUCUGGGUCGCCGAACCCGACCAGAUCCAGCAGGACGGCAUCAAGGUGAUCGGGAGGUCCAGGCUAUUCAGCAUCGGCUACACGAGCGCCGUUACCGAGUGGGAUCUGGAGAGCGGCCGACCGAGAAAGCACGCGAGCGGCAUGCACGGCGAUAUAUGGUGUAUAGGCGCCCAACCCCCUGUCGCGCCCGCCAAAAAGGCCCCGACGGCCACUUCGAGCAGCGCCACGCCAGCCAGCCGCAAGCUGGUCGCCGGAACUAUAGAUGGCAGCCUCGUUCUCUACUCGAUCGACAACGACGACCUCCAGUUCAACCGCGUCUUGGCGAGAUCCUCUUCUCGGAAGACGAGGAUAGUCAGCAUCGCCUUCCAGAACCGCAAUACUGUCGUCGUCGGCUGCUCCGACAGCGCUAUCCGCGUCUACGACAUCCGCAACGGCAACAUCUUAAGGACCAUGACCCUCGGCUCUGACCUUGCCGGUGGCGCUAAGGAUAUCAUCGUCUGGUCUGUCAAGUGCCUUAACGGAGGUGAUAUCGUCUCGGGCGACUCGACCGGCCAAGUCUGCAUCUGGGACGGAAAGACGUACACGCAGACGCAGAGGCUGCAGGCCCACAACCAAGAUGUCCUAUCCCUCACCACGAGCCCCGACGGCGCCACGAUAAUGAGCGGCGGCAUGGACCGUAAGACCGUCUUGUACAGGAAGACCACUGGUUCAUCCGCCAGGUGGAGCAAGGCUUGGCAUCGAAGGUAUCAUAAACACGAUGUCAAAACGAUGGCGUCGUUCGAGGGAAACGGCCUGAGUGUUGUCGUCUCGGGAGGACCGGAUGCCUGCCCGAUCGUGCUCCCUCUCCGCGAAGCUGGGGUGGAGAACCACCGCACCCUAUCGCAUCUACCCCAGAACCCCCUGGUGCAGAGCGCGCCGAGGGGUCGGAUGAUCGUCAGUUGGUGGGACCGGGAGAUCCGUAUCUGGCGACUAAGAAGGCCGUUGCGGGACUUGGUGGAAGAGCCGGACGAGGAGUCUUCCGUUGGCCAGAAUCGAAAGCUACUGGCGCAAAUCUUGAUAAAGGGCGAGGCGAGUAUUACCUCGGCGACGAUCAAUCGUGACGGGUCCUUGCUCGUGGUGUCGACGGUUUCCAACAUCAAAGCAUUCUAUUUGAAGCCCCGGAGCGUGGCGGGGAAAGAUGAACUCAAGAUCUCCCAAGUCGACGUACACGAGGACAUUUCUAAGCAUGGCGCCACACGCGUCCAACUUUCCCCCGAUGGGCAAUGGCUGUGCGCUAUCCAAGGGGCCAGUAGAGUUACCAUACUACCGAUAUUGCAGGGUUCUACUCCGGAUAACAAACCAGCGAUUCACCCUAAGGCAAUUCGGUUAUCCCGGAUCGAGAGAAAGAUACCAAAACAUAUCGCUCUAGGCGGUCUAGGGCGUUACGAUAGAACCAUCACUCACAUCGCGUUUUCUCCGGAUAGCCAGAUGUUAGCAGUCGCCGAUCUAGCUGGCUACAUUGACACCUGGGUGUUGGGUACACCGCAAACCAAGCUAGGGAACGGCGUCGACGGAACCCACGAUGAUACGUCUGCCGACGAUAAUUCGUCCGAAAGUGAGGAUGAAGGGGAAGACAAAAGCGGCAGAGGGGGCUUGCGAUGGACGCGCAACCCGCGGGGGUCCCUCAUACCUAAGCUCCAAGCAGCUCCUACCGUUCUAUCGUUUUCUGGUCACAUACCGAUAUCAAAACCGUCGACAGGAGAAGACGAGGCCGCUGAUGACUACACCCUCCUCACCGUUACCGCCAGGCCUCAAGUGCUAGUUAUCCAUCCCAGUCUCGGCUCUCUCACACCCUGGUCUAGGCGGAAUCAGAUUUCACGAUUCCCGCAUGAAUUCCGGAAUACCAGAGACCUCGCAAAGGGGGCCCUGUGGUCUGGCAAGAGGGUCUGGCUCUUUGGAAACGCUUUUCUCUUCAUGUUGGACCUUGGCCAGGAUUUGAAAGAGCCAACAGACACCCACGGCUCUUCUUUAGUAAAACAGGGAACCAAACGAAAGAGGGGGGGCCAUAGUGGCGCUGGUAGUAAGAUGGACAUCGGGGCCAUGGGACCCACCAAAGUCUCACGCCAAGCGGGCGGCGGCAAAAGGGCUGAAAACAUCCCCCUCGACGGCCCCGUACUCAACCCUACGGACGAGGAAGAAACGAGCCAUCCCGCAGGGGAGAGCGAGAGCGAAGACUCGGACGACGCGAUGCAAGGCGAGCUGGCCGUCCUACGGGAUGCCCAGGGCAAGCUAGCCCUCGAGUCGCAGGCAAGCAAGGGUGUGGCUUUUUGGCAUACGUACAAGUACCGAUCGAUUCUGGGGAUUGUCGCCCUCGGCGAAGCAGGAAGGGAAGAGGAGGGGAACUCGAAUGGGGCAACCGGAACGGCCCUGAAUGGGGGGCGCCCGGAGCCGCUCGAGGUAGCUUUGGUUGAGCGGCCGCUGUGGCAGAUCGAUAUGCCCGACCGGUACUUUGCAGAUAAGGAGCAGGAAAGGUGAUGCGAGGCUUGUCCGCCUGCGUGUGUAUAUACGUGUGUUGUUCAUAGAUAAACUGUUGCUCUACGAGCCUGCUAUAAUGGACGAGCCGAGGCCGUCAAAAGACAAAUUACUUUUCACGCACC